CAUUUCAAUUUCAAUUUCUAGGGCAAAAUUAGAACUUUUUGUUGUUCUAAUAGAGAUGGAGACUCAUCAGGCAGCUGCGGGUGAUGAACAGCAGAUUUGCAGAAGACACAAUGGGAAAAAUUGGAGAUGCAAGAAUGUUAGUGGUGAUAAUCCUUCUCCGAUGAAUUCAAACAAGAGAAAAUAUCUAACCAAGAAGUACAAGUUAAUGGAAGAACAUGACCGCUCCCUUGAUCUAACUGGAAUUCAACCACCUACUAAUUUUUUAAUGGAAAAACCAUCUUUCAUCACUUCAAAUGAAAUGAAGAAGAAGAAGCUGCCUCCAGAUGAACAGAUUUGUAGUUUCAUAUCAGAUGGAGGUAAAUGGAGAUGCAAGAAUUUUAGGAUGAGUCAUAAUCGUGUUCCUAAGAGCAAAUAUUGUGAAAAACAUUACAAUUAUUAUGCAAAGUAUUAUAAGAAGAGGGAGCUUCUGAAGAAGAAGAAGAAGACAAGUACAGGAGAUGGUGAUCAAGGUGCACGUUCUGGUCCUAUACAAGUAACUUGGGGAUCGAAACGGAGGAGGAAGAUGAAGGUAACGGAGGAGGAAGAUGAUGAUACCUCUGAUGUAGAAGGUGGUUCUGCCAAUGUUGCGACCAAGAGGAAAAAUGUCAUGGAAUGGUCCGGAGAACUAGAUUUCACAGAUUUUUUAAUUGAAAAACCUUCUUUGAUCACUUCAAAUGAAAUGAAGAACGAGAAGGAGAUAGAGAACAAGAAGCUGCCUCCAGAUGAUCAGAUUUGUAGUUUCAUAGGAGAUGGAGGUAAAUGGAGAUGCAAGAAUUUUAGGAUGAGUCAUGGUGCUGCUGAUGAUCCUAGAGUUCCUGAUACCAAAUUUUGUGAAAAACAUUACAACUAUUAUUCAAGCUAUAAUAAGACUUAUUAUUAUAAGAAGAAGAAGAGAAGUGGAGAUGGUCAAGGUGCAGGUUUUAGUAUUGCUACUGGUCCUAUAGAAGAAACUAAGGGCUCAAAACGGAGGGAGAAAGUAACCGAGGAAGGUGAUGAAACAGAAAUUCAAAAACUAGGGGCUUCUGGUGACAAUACCUCUGAUAGAAUUGGGAGGAAGAGGGAAAAUGCCGAAAGAACAGAAAGGUCUGGAGAUCUAGAAGCAUUGACAGGAAUUAAGGAACCAACGGUUGAAUUGAAGAAUCUGGAGCAUUACAAGAGAAAGUCUUUUCAAUUGUCUGUGGAGCUUGAGAAGAAGAAAGUCGAGUGCACCACACUCCAGGGUAAAUUAGCAGAGGUAGAAGAAACUAGAAAAACUUCUGUAGCAGAUGGGACGUACCGGACACCCACCGAUGCUACUGAAUGUUGGAGGAAACUGUUUUCUGAUUUGACUGGAUGGGUAGAGUCUCGCAUUUCGGAUUUGGAGAACAUAGUCCUGAGGAUGGAUAAUAAAAUUUCAACAAUGGAAGGAUGCGUAGAGUCUCGCAUUUCGAAGUUGGAGAGCCUAGUCCUGAGGAGUGGAAAGGGAGGUUCAAUAUUGAGAUGUGUACAAUUGCGCCAUUCUGAAAAGAUAGAGUCCGGAGCGCAGGAUUCGCAAAAUGACAUUACUCAAAAUGGUGAAAAGCAAAUAGAUGAAAACGAUAGGAAGGAUUCUGAUGUGUAUGAGUGUAACACCAAAGAGAAGGUGCUGAAUGUGUAUAACGCUGGUAGUGUACGUGUAUCAAGUGAGGGUGAAAACGUUGAAGAAAGGAAGGGUUGGGGCUGUUUGAAGGAGAGACCGUCUCAACAUGGAUCUUCAUCUCAAGAUCAUCUGGAAAUGAGUACGGAGCCUUUUGUGAACUUGGUCUCAGAUGAUGACAGUGUUGAAAUUCUUGGCGAAUCUGAAGAUUCUGAUAAUUCUACUGAUUCAGAAGGUUCUCUUGGGACUCUUAUGGACAUGCUGGCGAUGAAAUAUAAAAAUAGGGAACGAAGACAAAGACAAAGAAAUAAAAUGGAAGUUUGAGGAUGAUAUGCUUUCUUCAUUUGAAGAGGAUCCUGAGCUGUGUUUGAAAGCUGUUUCUGCUCUCUAUCGACAGCUAAUAUGUGAAGAUGAAAUAUCAGACACGGGGUUGUUCCAUAAUAACGACGCACUCAGGUGUACUACUUUGGCCAAGUUUCUAAUGGGUCCGGACUGCAAAGAUGACCUGAACAAGUCAGUCAAAGAGUUGGAGAUAUUGGAUUCUAACGCGGUUGAAGACUGUAAGAGGCUGGCUAGAAGAUACUCAAUGCAGUUGUUCAGUAUUUACAAAAAUGGAAAAGAUCCUUUUUUCCUUCCUUCUACAACUGCCAGCUAUGCUAAGUGACUGAUUGCUGUUAAGUAGCCUUCACUUUUUGCUCUAGGUACUGCAAUCUUGCACUAAGUUGUGUAUCACUCUCCGAUGUGGUACGUGAUAUUUUGGUAGUUACGCUUCAGGUUGUUUUGAUAGGUGUAGGUGGAUAGAAAAACAAAAGUUAACUGAUUCUAGCUCGAUUCACAUGUUGGGUUGCGAAAUAGAAUGACAACAAAAGUUAAUUGCAAGUUUAAAAAUGUUUGAUUUUGGAUGGUAGGGGAACUCGUUAAUUCAGCGAGCGCAAAAUUCAACUAAGAGCAUUGUUUUUAAGGACUGCUAA